GUUCACAGACGCGGAGGCGGUGGUGAUGGGUGACGUGACCUACGGCGCGUGCUGCGUGGACGACUACACGGCCCGGGCCCUGGGUGCUGACUUCUUGGUGCACUACGGACACAGCUGCCUGAUUCCCAUUGACGCCUCGCAGGGGCUGAAGAUGCUCUAUGUGUUUGUGGACAUAAAGAUCGACACGUCCCAUUUUCUUGAGACCAUUCGCUUCAAAUUUGCAGCAGGGUCUGUCCCUGCUGUCCGGCUGACCCUGCGUCUCCUGCAGGCGGCAUCGCCGGAGCUGCGCUCCCAGUACAAGGUGUGUGUGCCCCAGUGCAAGCCGCUGUCUCCAGGGGAGAUCCUGGGCUGCACGUCACCCCGGCUCGCCCAGGACACAGACGCCAUCGUGUAUUUGGGCGACGGGCGCUUCCACUUGGAGUCCAUCAUGAUUGCCAACCCGGGGAUACCUGCCUACAG